AUGGCUGGCUCACAUACAGCCAAGGAAUUUCACUACCAUGUUAGAUCCAUUAGCUUGCCUUGUAGGCUACAUCCUUCAUUACCCAAGAUUGAAAAAGAGCUGAAGAGGCUGAAGACAUGGGAAUUAGCCUCAUCACAUUCACAAUCUGAGGACAUCAAAGCAGGGUUAACAUGGCUCGCAGAGUUGUAUAAUUGUGUGGAGGAACUUGUUGGUUGUCCACUUACUCAACAAGCUCUUCUACGCCAUGAAGGAAAACACGUAGAGAAGCCACUUGACAUGUCAGUUUGUUUGCUUGACAUGUGUGGAUCAGCAAGAGAAUUGUUGUCAUUGGUGAAGGAACAUGUGCUAGAUCUUCAAUCAGCAUUGCGCAGAAAGGGUGUGGAUUCAAGUGUUAAUAGCCAGAUUUGUGCUUACAUUUGUUUCCGGAAGAAGGCUAAAAAAGACAUCACAAAAAAGCUCAAAGCACUCAAGACAAUGGAAAAUGGCUUUAAAUCAUAUUCAUCAUUUCCUCUCUUAGAUUUAGAUCACCAUCUAUUAAUGGUGAUCAAUGUGCUAAGAGAAAUAAGCAAAAUCACCAUCUCAUUUUUUAGGAAAUUCCUACUUUAUAUAUGUGCACAAGUGUUGAAGAAAAACACUGGUGGGUGGUCAUUGUUUACUAGAAUAGUGUCCACUGGAUCAGACAAACAAAAGAGGAUCAUAAGUGAAAUGGGGGACAUUGAUAAUGUUCUUUGCACCUUCCACAGGUGUUUUAAGAAAAUUGAUACAAAGACUGAUUUACAAAUUAUGAAAAGGAAAUUGGGGGAACUAGAGGGAAGCGUUAGAGAAUUGGAGGCGGGAUUAGAUUGUCUCUUUAGGUGUUUGAUACAGCAAAGAGUGUCACUUCUUAAUCUUUUCACCUCUUGA